UUUAUUUUAUUUUUAUUCUUAAGGAAAGUUAAGAUGUUGCGUUUAGCACAAAAAUCAGCUGUGUUACGCACCAGUGCUAAAUUGCUUGCAUCAUCUGCAGCAUCUCAACAUGAACGCGGAAUGUCAACAAAAAAAGCUGUUGUUUUUAAUAUGGGUGGAUCAUUGGUUCCUGCUAUGUCGCCGGUUUUACAGAAAUAUGCAAGAGACCAUAGUAUGACCGAGAGUGAGUUAACGACCAGACUUUUUAAGGAUGGAGAUACAGGACUCAUGGAACAGAUUGAACCUGCUUUGUUGUCCCGACAUGGAAGUGAAAAAGCCAACCUUGCACAUGUUAUGUCUGCCAUACAAAGCAUACGAGGGGAGGGUUUAAAGACUGGUCUUAUUUCAGAAGCUGGUGGUCUUAACUCUGAGCGAAUUCCUGUUGACAAAAGUUUAUUUGAUGUGGUUUCGUCUAGUUUAAAAGGUGACGUGUUCGACAAAUUAAAAGUAGAUUCAAGCGAUGUUGUGUACUUGGAUAACUUAGAAGCUAACCUUAAAGCUGCACAAGCUUUAGGCAUGACAGCAAUUAAGGUCGAGGAUGUAGAGGCCGCGUUAACCGAGUUGGAAAGUACACUAAAAGUUCCACUUAAAGAAUUUGUACCAGGUUUCUCGUGGAUAUUUUGGGACAACGCUAACAACCCACACAAAUCAGUUAAAGAAAAUCUGCUUUAUUAUUUCCUUGUUAUAUAUUUAUUCAUGGUUGCUGGACAUUUCACUCUAAGACGUGUUCUUAAAAUCGAUGGAACCUUCCAACACUAGGGACAUGUUUUGAUUUGGUUUUAAAAAUAUUACAAUCAGCAAUGUAUAUUUGAAAUAAAAGUAAGAUGUUAUA